AUGGAGCAAUACAUGGAUGACAACGACCUCCCUUGCUUUGAUCUUGACUUGUCCGAUAACAUCAAUGACGCUGCCAACUUUCGCUUCGAAAACGACCCGUCAAAUCCCUACGAGCGCAUGAAUGUCAUCGAGCGGCGAGGCUUGUUGCUGGUUAGGUGCACAGUCGAGGAUAUUGUCCACGGCCAUUGGAGCGACGAUGGGGAGAGCGACGACGAAGCCACACUGCUGGUGCUGCUCUUCCGCUUCGACGCUGAUAGCCUCGGCCGCCGCAUCAAGCUCGCCCGUAUCAAGCUGAGCUUUUCGGGCAUGUCGAGUAACCGUCCAGAUCCAGAGGUAGCCCGUCUGUGGCCAGCCGAAACCUACAGCAUACUCCCGACAAGACGCAAUGAGACGGUCAGUUCAGGAGGCAGAGGCAGCUUGUCUAUGGGAACUCAGCUCGGCCCAGACCUAUCAUAUGAGAGAAGCAAGACGGUGCAGAGAGAACUCCAAAGCAUGGGCACUAUUCGAGGCUCUGCCGACACCCGCGGCCGCAACUAUGGCCUGUAUAACAGCGCUUCGUGGACUCUCAAAGAAAACCCCGACACUCGCAGCGGCGUUGCCGCAGCCCUGCAGUGUGCCGUGGUCGUGAGACGUCGCACUCCCGGAGAGAAAUUCUCUGCCACGGUGCAAAUUUCAGUGCAAGCUGAUCGCUCAACCGCUGGCCUUGAAUGGUUCCGCGGCGCCUUCACUCAUCCUGACACCGUGGACCCCAUCCUCUUCGACCCGAAGCGUCCUCCUACCAAUAGACUCCGGGUGUACGACGACAAGACUCGAGCAACACUAGGCAGCAUCAGACUGGAUGACCCAACCCUGACUCACAUCACCUCCUACAAUGUAUGGGCCGCCGCGGAAAAGCAGACGUGA